GAUCCUAUCAGCCCUGCGGGCGGCGCAUUGCUACCUGGCUGGGAUCCUCGGCGGCUCCACACGGAGUUUGAGAAGUGCUGCGGACUUCCUGGUACGGGACUAUGGAUAUUCCGUGCUCCAGUUCGACCCGGGAUAACCCCCCACAGCCAUGUGAAUGAGUGGAACAAGGCGAGUUGAGGGCAAGGUCAUGAGUGCCUCGAGGAAAAACCCAGUGGCGAAUAACCUCAACAGUCCGACGCGGGUGGUUUGCUUCCCCGGAGUCCGGCUCUCCCAUCAUGACGUCUGAUACGGAGCAGGAUGCAGCGGUGAAACUCGACCAGGAGCGGGCUGAGAUAGUCGCCAAAUAUGACAAGGGAAAGGAAGCCACCGUGGAGCCAUGGGAGGACACCAACUUCCACUUGUACAAAGUCAUCGACCGUUUCGGAUUCGUGCAUGAGAGCGAACUUCCGUCCUAUGACUCAGUGGAGGAAAAGCAAAAACACACAGAGCUGGAGAGAACCUCCAAAUGGCUGAAGAUGCUGAAGAGCUGGGACAAAUACAGGAACAGUGACAAGUUGGCACGGAGGAUAUACAAGGGAAUUCCUCUUCAACUCCGUGGUGAAGUGUGGUGUCUGCUGCUCGAUAUUCCCAAAAUGAAAGAGGAGAAGAAAGACUUCUAUGAGAAGCUUAAGGCCAGAGCCAAAGGACUCUCCCCUGACAUCCGCCAGAUCGACCUGGACGUGAACCGCACCUACCGCGACCACAUCAUGUUCAUGCACCGCUAUGACGUCAAGCAGCAGGCACUCUUCCACGUUCUCACUGCGUACUCCAUGUACAACAUGGAGGUCGGUUACUGUCAGGGCAUGAGUCAGAUCACGGCCCUGCUGCUCAUCUACAUGAACGAGGAAGACGCCUUCUGGGCUCUUGUCAAACUGCUGUCUGGCCAGAAGCACGCCAUGCACGGGUUCUUUGUCCCGGGUUUCCCAAAGCUGAUGCGCUUCCAGGAGCAUCACGACCGCAUCCUCAAGAAGAUGAUGCCCAAACUAAAGCAACACUUGGACAACCAGGAGGUGCUGACAAGCCUCUACACCAUGAAGUGGUUCUUCCAGUGUUUCCUCGACAGAACUCCGUUCACGCUGACUCUCAGGAUCUGGGACAUCUACAUUCUGGAGGGAGAGCGUGUGCUACCUGCCAUGUCCUAUACUGUCCUCAAGCUGCACAAGAAACACCUCAUGAAGCUGUCCAUGGAGGAGCUGGUGGACUUCCUGCAGGUCACUUUGUCCAAAAACUUCUUCUUGGAAGACGACAUCGUGAUCGAGCAGCUACAAGCUUCUAUGGCGGAGCUGAGGAGGAACAAGCUGGAGCUGCCGGCACCAGCUAAAGAGGACGAGUUUCCCAAGAAGCCUCUCGGGCAGCUCCCUCCUGAAAGCGGGUCGGCUGUUGGGAACCACCUGGCAAACGGUCAGACCCACGCUGAGCCGGUCGAGCCUCCCAAGGAGCACGUCGUGGCGCCUGAGCGCCUGCCAGAGAGCAGGCCACCCAGUCGUCAGCGCAGGGACUCGCUGGACAAGCCAAUUCGACACCACAAGAGUGCGAGAAGAGAAAAUCGUAGCCGAGGGUCACAAGAGGUUCUCACAGAGCAGCAGAAGCCAGAGCGGGGUUUGACGCCAUCCGCAACGCCUACACCUGUACCGCAGGCCGUACCUGAGGAGAAGUCAGGGAGCAACACAGUCACCAACCACAACUCUAGCGCUGCUACACGCAAAGACAUCGGGCCUCGGUGGUUCAAACCUUCAGAGACAAAGCUGGAAGCUGCCAAGGCGCUGGCAGCUAAAGAGACCCACAUGAGUCGGGCGGCUUCACCCGCCCCCUCGAGCCUAGAAGAGUCCAUCGUACCCCAACGCCGACCACGGCCCAAAGGAUUUGUCGCUGGCGCUGAUCGUGGCUCCAACGCCUCCCAGUACGACAACGUCCCAGGCCUGCCAGAGCAAGAGUUUGAGAUUCUAGAGCUGGAACGACCUCCGUCCCGGAUAAGAGCGCCUCGCAGCGAGACCCCUUUCAGCGUAUCGUCCUACCAACACAGCAGCCCGAGCAGGGGCCCUAGCCUUGCUGGGAGCGUGGUCUCAGUCUCUUCAGGGCCCAGAAUGGUGAGACAUCCAUUCCCUCAAAAUCCCCCAGCAGGUUACCCGAGUGUCUUUCACACCCCUCCACACCAGCAUUCUCCGGGCAGGACCACCACAGAGGUCCCCAUCCUUCACCCGACCUACAGCAUCAACAUGGACCACUAUGCUCCCUCCGCACAGUACCCAGAACAAACCUAUGCCACCACACGACGGCAGCCCACCAGCCUGUCCCCUGAAAAAUCUCUCAUGAACAAUUCCUUCGCCACCUACCGGCGACAGACCCCUCCUACUGUCAACACCCACAUGCACCAAAACUUCCGGGUGCCCCCGGAGCACGUGCAGCUAGAGACCACGGGCAGGACCACGCCCAUUUACCUGCAGAAGCUCACUUCCACUGCACAAGUGCACGCACCGAUGGACUACAGAUUUGAAGGCCCGAGAAUCGGAAAGACAAACCUGCAAUACGGACAAGAUGGAGGACAGCGGCGGAUGGUCGAUGGUUCAGCAUGGGCUGGGGAACACGAGCUGCUACCGCCACCGUCCCCAGGCGGGAUGCCGCGCUCUCCAAGCUUCCAGCGAGCGCAGAUGUCCCCCGUGCAGGAGUUCCUCUUCCCUGACAGUCCAGACAGCAGGCUGCAUUACAGGACACAAUUCCAGGAGCAGCCCCCGGUCAUAAGGCAACAGCUCCCCCAGCUGUUUGGAGGACCCCACUACAGGCAUGCACAGGAGGCGUUUGCAGCACAGGAGUCCAUGCUGCUGUGAUCUUUGAGACACUUUGUUGUGAAGUCACCAGCUGCUGAGCAAAAAUACUGACUGAAGAUUUAAUGUUAUUUUUGGAUGUAAAUCAUUAACAACAGGUGACCAUAUAUAAAUAUAUCUUUUAGAGUCUGACAUGUACAGUUGACUUUUUUUUUUUUUUUUGGAGAAAAUAGUAGCAGGAGAGUCUUCCUGAGACGGAAUUAUGUUUAUUUUUUAUACUUCACGUCUGGAUCCUGGCACUCGACGCUGCGAGUGUUUCCAAGACCUUGAUGGAUCCCCAGCAUUCCCAUUUCAAUUCGACACGGUAGAUCAACAAGGGUUUUUUAUCUAGUUGACUUUUUUAGGUUUGUUAAAUGUUAUUUUAUUUCUACAGAAAUGAUAUUAAGGAGAAAUCCUAACGAAAGAUGAGAAGAUAUGUUGCUACGUAGUUUUCCGAAAGUUUGCUGUAUAGUCAGAUGAUAACUAGUUCCACUCAGCUUUAUUGUUCUAUAACACUGACGCAUAUACUACUGACACAUGCCGCAAAUGUGUCGCUCACACAUUUCAGCAUCAACUCGGACACACUCAGACACCUGUUAACAGUAUUGUCUUACUGUUCGUGACACUCCUUAAACUGUCCAUUUCUUUGUUGCAAACACACUCAGUUCUGAAAUAAAAUGAGGUUGGGUCAAAUUUUGUUUCAUGCAGU